AUGUUGGCAGAAGGCAUCUUAACAAGGCUCAUCUAUAAAGAAAUCUGUCAUGGAGACAAGCCUCAGAAAUCUCACACCUCCAAAAAGCAUCAAGAGGGAAUCUGGAGCCAGAAACUUGUAGACAACCCAAAACUCAAAGGCUCUGUUGAUGGCUGGGAGAUCUCUGCUGGAAGCAGCACAACGGGUUCUCCUCAGGGGGGAGCUGUGGGAGAGGCCCCCCCAGCGGGGGUGCUUGCCAAGGGCGUGGUGUCCCCAGCUCUGCACAUCCCCCGGAGGCAGCAGAGCCCCGAGCAGCUGGAGCUGCACACCUCCUGCUCCUGCAGCAGCAUCUAUCACCACUACCCCGACCUGCACAUCGGGGGGGACCCUGCCUGUGACUCGGGCUGUGUGGUGGACCACGUGCCUGAUGGGCUUCCCAGUGGCCCUGUUUUGGUGUCUGUAGAUCUCCCCCUCGGCCAGUCCCUGCUCUGGGAGCACCCUGCAAAGCCAGGGGUGAAGUCUCUGGCUGGGGAUGAAGCUGGAGAAAGGAGCAUUGUGCUCUGUGAGGAGCCUCUCUCAAACUCCCUGCUCAACAAGUACAUGGAAACCAAAGUGGCAGAGUUCUAUAAACAGUUUUUUGUUGAAAGCUUGGCCAGGUGUGGCUCUGUAACAAACCUCCUCACUUGCCCUUUGAUAAGGAAUAACCUGAAUCAGCUAAGCCUCCAGAUAUCCCAGGAGCAGAACAUGGAAACUUCAAAAGCCAGAGAAGUGCUCCUGCACUCCUUGGCUCUGUUCAGUUUGUGCAAUGCUGCCAACAGAAACAGCUCUGAGUUCAGUACUCCAGACCUGCAAAUCUCCAACCCAGCACGUGGAAAAAAGAGCUGCAGGGAGCAGCUUACAUCAUGA